AUGCCAUCAACUUCAUCAUCGCCUGCCACUCCAACCAAUGAUCAAUCACAUCAAUCAACUGCCACAAAUCAAAAUAAUCAGCAAAGUAUUUGCAAAUUUGGUCCAAAUUGUCCCAACUAUGACCAAUGUACCUCUCUUCAUCCAUGCCGUUACGGAGAAGAUUGCAGAAGAAUUUCAAGAGUUGUUAACAAGACUCAGAAAUUACAAGACAUUGUUCACUGUUCCAAAUGUUUCCAUAUUUGUAAAUGGGGUGAGAAGUGCAAAUAUUUGAAUGAUGAAGAACAUGUAAAUAUGUUUCUUCACACGUGUACUAAAUCAAAUUGUAAAGAUGAAGUUCACAAAGAGAGAUUUAGACAUAAAUGCAAAUAUGGAAAAAAUUGUCGUUCCUUAGAUGGAAAAUAUGAAAAUUGGGAACAUUAUGUCAAGUUUAUUCAUCCUAGGACUAAUGGAGUUAUGAGACAUGUAGAAAAACAAAUGUAUUAUCUAUUUUCUGAAAUAUCUAAUGAUGAAAGCAAUUCAAAAACUGCUCAAUCUGACAUUCCUGGUUUGACACUUGUAAAGAAGAGUACACUCAAACCACAAGUGAAAGAUAGAAAACGAUCUGCCAAAUGUGAAAUUUCCACAAUCGAUGGUAAAUCCACAGAGUAUUAUUUCAUUGGGUAUGAGAAGGGUGCUGGAAAUUCGUCAACUUCAAAAGUCGUUUGUUUUAAAGAGACUGGAAAGGGAGUUUUUGAAGGUCAUAUUAAGGUAGUUGCAGAAUCUAGUUGUGUAUUUGAUGGAAAUGCAAAGAUUGAACAACCUUGGUAUCAUUCAAAAGUUAAUGUUUAUAGAAAUACUGUCAUUAGUCAAGUAUUUGAUGAAAUUUUGAAACAAGGUUUGAAUGGAGUGAGCCCAAAUGCUACCUAUAUCGAUGUUAUGAAAUACAUGAUAGAACAGCAUGAUAUUCCAAUAUUUAUUGUUGGAGGAGCUGUCAGAGAUGUCAUUCGAGAAGUGAUUGUUGAAAAAAAGACCAAUGCCUUACAAAUUAUGAAUAAUAUUAAGGAUAUUGAUAUUGGAUUUGGUUGUGAUCCACAGACAUUUCAUGGACGCCUCACUCGAAAAUAUAAAUCAGGUGUUCCAAUUCCUGGACCUCGUGGACUAGUUCAAGUAGGAAGCUCCAAUGGUUCUGAUCUAUUCCUGGAAGGUAAAGCCAUUAAUGGUUUAAAUAAUGAUAAUAAGAGUGUGAAAGCACAAAUUGCUCAAUGUUAUGGAACUAAUCUGAGAGGAGAAAACAUUUGUAGAGAUUUCACAUGUAAUUCUCUUUGGUAUGAUCCAAUCAAUAAGUGCAUUAUUGAUACUAUUGGAAAUGGGCAAGGAAUUAAGGACGUAAUUUCAAAAAAUUUACGAAUUCCUGUAAAACCAAGAGAUUGGGAAUUUUGGGUUUCUGGCAAUCCAACAAAGUUGAUGAGAUUUUACAAAUUCCUUUUGAAGGGAUAUUCUGCAGAUGCCAAAACUAAAUCAUUCAUAAUUGAACAAGUUAAAAGUGGUAAAUUUAUUAGUGAUAUGGAAAUUAGAACUCAAUACACAAAAGGAAUUGGAAAAGCCAACAAAGCAAGGUUGGAGAAUUUGUUGAGAAGUGAUUUUGGUGAUCAGUUUUACAAUAAUUAUUUCGCUAAUCAUAUUAAAUAA